AUGUUCACCCAUCAGCCCACCUGGGAUGAUUGUCAGCAGCUCUUGCGUAUCCUAUUCACUACCGAAGAAAGAGAGAGAAUCCAGGUGGAAGCAAGGAAGCUGGUUCCCGGAGACGAUGGCAGACCAACCAUGAAUCCAGACCUCAUCAAUGCGAGUUUCCCUUUAACUAGGCCCAACUGGGACUACAACACGGCCGAAGGUAGGGGACGGCUACUCAUUUAUCGCCAGACUCUAAUGGCGGGUCUCAGGGCUGCUGCCCGCAAGCCCACCAAUUUGGCCAAGGUGUAUGCAGUUUUGCAAGGUAAGACAGAGAGUCCAGCAGCAUUUCUAGAGAGAUUAAUGGAAGCCUUUAGGCAGUUUACGCCUAAGGAUCCUGAAGCCCCUGAGAAUCAGGCAGCAGUAGUCACGUCUUUUGUAAAUCAGGCAGCAUCAGACAUUAAAAACAAACUACAGAAACUAGAGGACCUAGAGGGCAAACAGAUUCAAGAUCUACUCCGCAUUGCACAACGGGUUUAUAAUGCCCGAGAUACCCCGGAGGAUAAGCAACUCAAAAGAAAAGGGACAUUGGCACGUAAUUGCCCCCCAAAAAAUAAGCGUAGACCGCAACCAUGGGGAACGAAACCCAGCCCCACUCUGGUUACCCGAGAUUCAGAAUACAGGGGAUGGGGUUCGGAUCCCCUCCCCAAGCCCAGGGUAACCCUACAAGUGGAGGGGAAUCCUGUACAAUUUCUGGUUGACACCGGAGCUCAUCAUUCAGUGUUGACCAGACCCCAUGGAGAAGUUUCAGACAAAUUUUCCUGGGUCCAGGGAGCCACUGGGACUAAAAGGUACCCUUGGACAACUCAACGGACUGUUAACUUAGGUACAGGAGAAGUAAUUCAUUCAUUCCUCAUCAUCCCUGAUAGCCCUUGCCCUCUGUUGGGAAGAAACUUACUCACCAAGAUGGGAGCGCACAUUUAUUUUCAACCCGACGGCCCCACGGUAACUAGCUCUCAGACCUUGCCAUUAUCAAUACUCACAAUGCGUUUGGAGGACGAACAUCUACUCCACCAAACCACCCCCCCUUCCCAGGAACUCAACAUUGAGUCCUGGCUUCACCGAUUCCCUAAAGCCUGGGCAGAAACAGGAGGCAUGGGGCUGGCUAGACAUCGGCCAGCCCUCUUCAUAGAGCUAAAGCCUGGGGCUGACCCCGUCCGAGUCAAACAGUACCCCAUGCCCAUGGAAGCCAAAUCGGGCAUCACCCCACAUAUUAGAUGUCUCCUGGACUCAGGUGUGCUACGCCCCUGUCACUCGCCCUGGAACACACCUUUGUUACCGGUGCGUAAACCCAAUAGCGGGGACUACCGACCUGUACAAGACCUAAGGGAAGUUAAUAAACGGGUUAUGGACAUACACCCUACUGUCCCUAACCCCUAUACUCUCCUCAGUGCCCUGGGGCCCACCAGAAUAUGGUACACAGUUCUUGACUUAAAGGAUGCUUUUUUUAGCUUGCCCUUGGCCCCCAAGAGCCAGGAUCUUUUCGCCUUUGAAUGGACAGACCCUGAGAGAGGUAUAAGUGAACAGUUGACAUGGACUCGCCUCCCACAAGGGUUCAAAAACUCGCCUACCCUGUUUGAUGAGACCCUCCACGAGGAUUUAAGUGAAUAUAGAAAGCAAAAUCCUGAUAUAACACUCGUGCAAUAUGUAGAUGAUCUCUUAAUAGCUGCAGAUUCCCAACAGGCCUGCCUACAAGGAACUGAAAACCUCCUCCAGGCUCUCGACCUGGGGUACCGGGUCUCAGCGAAAAAGGCCCAAAUUUGCAAGUCUGAGGUAAUGUACCUGGGAUACUUAUUGAAAGGGGGACAAAAAUGGCUCACCGACGCCCGCAAGAACAGUGUACUCCGCAUUCCCCGACCUGCUACACCACGGCAGGUAAGAGAAUUCUUGGGGACGGCAGGGUACUGUCGAUUGUGGAUACCGGGCUUCGCUGAGAUGCCCAAACCCCUGUACGUAGCCUCUAAAACUCAGCAGACCUUUGAGUGGACGGAAGAGGCAGAACGGGCUUUCCAACAGGUGAAAAAGGCCUUCCUUUCAUCCCCGGCGCUAAGACUGCCAGAUGUAUCCAAACCAUUCCACCUAUACGUGGAUGAACAUAAUGGGGUGGCUAAGGCAGUGUUGACCCAACAUCUAGGCCCCUGGCCUAGACCCAUAGCAUACCUGUCAAAGAAACUAGACCCGGUAGCAGCAGGACGGCCCCCCUGCCUCCGAAUGAUAGCAGCCACCGCCUUGAUGGUAAAGGACGCUGAUAAACUGUCACUGGGUCAAGAAUUACGAGUGACCACUCCACACGCCAUUGAAAGCGUCCUCAAACAUGCCCCUGACCGAUGGGUGAGCAACGCUCGCAUGGUCCACUACCAGGGACUAUUGCUCAAUCCUACGAGGAUAGUCUAUACUUCCCCUCAGGCCCUAAACCCCGCAUCACUACUGCCUGACCCAGACCUGGAUGCUCCCCUCCAUGACUGUAUUGACAUCUUAGCCCAGGUCUAUGGGCUACGGGAAGACCUGCAGGACUAUCCACUAACAGACGCUGAAGUCGUUUGGUUCAUUGACGGCAGCAGUUUCGUCCGCGAAGGACAAAGGUAUGCAGGGGCCGCAGUCACAUCAGAGACGGAAAUUAUCUGGGCUGGUGCAUUGCCUCCGGGCACCUCAGCGCAAAAAGCGGAGCUAAUCGCCCUGACACAGGCCCUCAAAUUAGGGCAGGGCCUCCGGAUGACUGUAUAUACAGACAGCCGGUAUGCCUUCGCCACGGCCCACGUCCAUGGGGCAAUCUAUAGGGAGAGGGGAUUACUCAUCACCGCCGAGCGAAAGGACAUCAAAAACAAGGACGAAGUUCCGGCCUUACUAGCAGCCAUCUGGGCCCCUAAGAAAUUGGCCAUAGUCCACUGUUCUGGACACCAAAAACCAAGCGAUCCAGUCUCUAGGGGAAACAAUUUUGCUGAUCAGACUGCUCGCCAAGUAGCCUGUAGCAAAGUCCCAACGCUACUAAUACAACCACCCAACCCGGGACCCCGAGAACUGCCACCUCAUCAGGAAUACUCUGAAAAAGACAUCGCAUGGAUGAGUAAACUCCCAAUGGCCCAGGUUAAGGAUGGCUGGUGGCGAGAUAUGAAAAAUAACAUCAUCCUCCCCGAGGCCAUGGGACAAGAAGUUCUAGAGCGAAUUCACCAAACAACUCAUUUAGGUUCCAGACGGCUACAGGACCUUAUGCGACAAUCCAAACUAUCUAUCAGAAAUGUCGUUGAAAAAUCAGAAAGAAUUGCCACCGGAUGUGCAGCUUGCCAACUUCAAAACGCCUGCCCACACUCCUCUAUAACCGGAUCCUGAGAGAGGGGAACCCUGCCGGGAGCC